AGUCCCCGGGCGGCGGCUGCAGCGGCGGCGGCGGCGGCCGGGGCGGCGCGACGGCCGGGCCGGGGGCGCUUCUGCUGCUGCAGCGGCAGUGGCGGCGGGCGGCGGCAGGGGCGGCGGCGGCGGCGGCCCGCACCAGCCAUGCCGAAUAAAAACAAGAAGGAGAAAGAACCACCAAAACCGGUGAAAAGUGGAAAAGGUUCAAAAGAAGGACAAGAUACAGCAGAAGCAGAGAUAGCCAGCCGGAAAAACAGCCUCGCAUCUGUCCAGUCUUCGACAUCUAAAAUAAAAGUACCAGUCCCUCAGCCCGUCCCUGUGAAGAAAGACAAACGGCAGAAUUCUUCACGAUUUAAUGCCAGCAAUAACAGAGAACUGCAAAAGCUCCCAUCUUUAAAAGAUGUUCCUCCUGCAGAUCAAGAGAAGCUUUUUAUCCAGAAGCUACGUCAGUGUUGUGUCCUCUUUGACUUUGUUUCUGACCCACUGAGUGACCUGAAGUGGAAGGAGGUAAAGCGAGCUGCACUCAGUGAGAUGGUGGAAUAUAUCACACACAACCGGAACGUAAUCACGGAGCCCAUUUACCCCGAGGCCGUCCACAUGUUUGCAGUUAACAUGUUUCGAACCUUGCCACCCUCCUCCAAUCCUACGGGAGCAGAAUUCGACCCAGAAGAAGAUGAACCAACGUUAGAAGCCGCCUGGCCUCAUCUGCAGCUUGUUUAUGAAUUUUUCUUAAGAUUUUUAGAGUCUCCAGAUUUCCAGCCCAAUAUAGCAAAGAAAUAUAUUGAUCAGAAGUUUGUAUUGCAGCUUCUAGAGCUCUUUGACAGCGAGGAUCCUCGGGAGAGAGAUUUUCUAAAAACUACCCUGCACAGAAUCUAUGGGAAGUUCUUAGGCCUGCGCGCUUACAUCAGGAAACAGAUCAAUAAUAUAUUUUAUAGGUUUAUCUAUGAGACAGAGCAUCACAAUGGCAUAGCAGAGUUACUGGAGAUCCUGGGAAGUAUAAUUAAUGGAUUUGCCUUACCACUAAAGGAAGAGCACAAGAUUUUCCUGUUAAAGGUGUUGCUGCCCUUGCACAAAGUGAAAUCCCUGAGUGUCUACCAUCCCCAGCUGGCGUACUGUGUCGUGCAGUUUUUAGAGAAGGACAGCACCCUCACUGAACCAGUGGUAAUGGCACUUCUCAAAUACUGGCCAAAGACUCACAGUCCAAAAGAAGUAAUGUUCUUAAAUGAAUUAGAAGAAAUCUUAGAUGUAAUUGAACCAUCAGAAUUUGUGAAGAUCAUGGAGCCUCUUUUCCGACAGUUAGCCAAAUGUGUUUCCAGCCCUCACUUCCAGGUGGCAGAGCGGGCGCUGUAUUACUGGAACAAUGAGUACAUCAUGAGUUUAAUCAGUGACAAUGCAGCGAAGAUUCUGCCCAUCAUGUUUCCAUCCUUAUACCGCAACUCAAAGACCCACUGGAACAAGACCAUACACGGCUUGAUAUACAACGCCCUGAAACUCUUCAUGGAGAUGAACCAAAAACUCUUCGAUGACUGCACGCAGCAGUUCAAAGCAGAGAAACUCAAAGAGAAGCUAAAAAUGAAAGAGCGAGAAGAAGCGUGGGUUAAAAUAGAAAAUCUAGCCAAAGCGAAUCCCCAGUAUGCAGUGUAUAGUCAAGCCAGCGCCAUGAGCAUCCCGGUUGCCAUGGAGACAGAUGGUCCUCAGUUUGAAGAUGUGCAGAUGCUGAAAAAGACAGUGAGCGACGAGACUCGUCAGUUGGUCGGGAGAAAAGCAAUGUCAACCACGCAAGUCAGGAAGGUGUAGAGACGGAGUGGGCAGUGCAGGCACAGAAGGAUCUGAAGAAGGACCGUCCCCUUGUGCGCCGCAAGUCCGAGCUGCCUCAGGACCCCCACACCGAGAAAGCCUUGGAAGCUCACUGCAGAGCCAGUGAGCUGCUCUCCCAGGACGGGCGCUAGCGUCUGGAGCAGCACGCCGAGCUGGGCCUGUCAGUUCUCUUCUGGAUGCUGUAGAAAAGACAUACUGUUUGUGCCAUACCAGUCAGUUACACUCAAAAGUCAAAGCUUCCUCCGACCCCCGUUCUGUAGGCAAUAACGCUUGUCUGCCUCAGCUCGAGAUUAGGAGUUCAAACAAUGGUGGCUUCUCUGGCCCUGCUGGCCAAGCUGGGGGCUGGGGGAGUUGGUGACGGUGUCAUCACCUUGUUGUCACCACCCCAGCACACCCCUGAGUGAGACAGAGUAAGAGCUAUAGGGAAGCUGUCACCCUGGCUGUCGUCUUCUCGCACCCAGUGGACCCUGUGUUCCUCUGAAGUGGGAGUUCUGUGGUGAUACCGAUGACAUUUCAAGGCACGUGUUAGAGGCAUCUCCCCCUUUAAGACUUUUCAACCCUUGACGUUGUUUUCCCUCUUGCUCUGCCAGCAGCUGAUGGUUGUCAGGCCUCACAGAGAUGACUCCUUGCUUUCACAUUCUAGCUGCCUACCGGGAAAGAGGCCAACAGUCCUCAGCGCUGGGACCUUUGAAGGUGUUUCUUUCCCUUGACUAACAGCACGGUCACCAUGUCCCACUUCCCUUAAUGUCUACCGAAAGCCAUAUUUCAUAGUCUGUGGUAGAGGCCAGGGUUCCACCUAAGCGCCAAGGAGAGCUCUGAGAAGUGCUUCCUCAGUCCACCUUGAGUAGAACUGCAAUGUUGAAAUUAUGUGUUCAUAUUUUUAUUUGCAGAAUCAGUUUUUCAUCUACUUACACAUGAUCCUUCAACAAGGCUCUUGAAUUGAUAAAGAUUACAGGAUCUAAGAAUUCCACAUCUGUAGAAAGUCACAGUAAAUCAAGCCACAAGGCCUAGUGUAGACUGUGGCUGCCUGCGCCGUAAUGUGCGCUGUGUGGGCACCCAGUGAGCCUUUCUGUUGGAAAAAGCACAUUACCAGGCUUGCAAGGAAAAGAGCAGUGUCUGUGUUUCCACUGGUCUUCACGUGCUGCUACAGGCUUCACAGAAUUCUUGCAUGGAUUAAGCUUCUGUUUUAGACGGAAUAGCACGAGGAGAAAAAUCCAUAAACUUAGUGCUUUGUCUAGUCUUUUUUUUUUUCUCUCAGGGUGGCCAGUAUUUUGACUUAUUUAUCCUGCUUAAAAGCUGCUUGAGAUGUGAACUGCUAUUCUGGACAGUGACUCGUUUCUUUUGUCUCCAGCAUAUAUAUAACUUAGUGUUACGUGUCUUGAUGCACAAGAUAUGGUAAAAAUGUGGCUUCUUUUAAAACCUGCUUCUUAAUCGUGGUCUCGGGUAUCCAUGAAAAAGUUGUGAAAUCAGACAUUGCUCUGCCAUGGCCACGGAGCCUGCUUCUGGGUCCCCUUAGACGGCUGCCGAUGCUCAUGCCGCACGGUGGGGGAGAAGGGCGCGUGCAGAGAGGGAAAGCCUGCAUGGCUGACCAGAAAGGCGGCCCCAGUUGAGGGUGGACAGGUGGCCGCUUGGGUGAGAACACUUCCUGAGAAACUUGACAAGUAUCUAUCCACUUUACUAUUAUGAAAUCUAUAAUUUAAAAAAAAAAGUUGAGAUGCCUUCUCCUUUUGAGGGAAAAAGGGUGCUUUAUUGUACAAAGCAGCGUCUCUGUGUUUUGAUCCCCCAUUGUUUGAACUCUCGUCUUUAGCUGGUAGAGUCUCAGAUAUCCCUGACACGGGGCAUUCUGUGUGCGGUGAGGGGUUCCCGAGAGGCUCCGGAGCCCUGCGUGAAAGCAAGCUCUCAGUGUACGGGUGAUUGUGCAAAGCUCAGCACGGCAGAGCAUCCUCUGGUCCAGGUCUCACUUCUGCUCUUUAUUGAAGACAAACAUUCACCAAUAAAGAAAAAAAAAAGAGAAAGAUGUUUUGAGAGAAACUAAUUUUCUUUGACAAGAGUAUUACUUAAUUUUUUGGCCUAUUAAGGUUCCCCUAGUUAGUACUCGAUUCCCUGUGCUAAUCGUUCAACUGUAUAUUGUUAAGACACACUGCUGAUUCUGUACCAAACUGGUCUCAAAAAAAAAAAAAAAGUACCACAUUGAAAAUAAAUGGGUGACUGUUUUUCUUCACACGGCUCUAGUUUGGCACCUUCACUCUUUCCAGAAUGUGUCUGUGCGGCAGAGAUAUCACAGUUCAAGUGUCUUUCUAGUGUGGCUUUGGAUGGCUUCCUUUGAACAUUGUACAUACAUUGUAUCUUUGUUUUAUGGUAAUAAGUAAUAAAAAAUGUAGACUUCGUAUUUUGUACAAAAUGUCCUAUGUACAGAAUAAAAAAAAAGUUCAUAGAAACAGCAAAAACUAGGUUAAGUGGCACAGUUAUUUUUCUUUAGGAAAUAUCUGUAACUUUACGCUUUAGCGAAAUGUUAAGUACCGACAUAUUUUUUAACAUUUUGUAAUUCAGAACUUUUUUUGUUUUGACAUUGUUUAUGAAGAAAGACUUCAUGCACUUGCCAUUUAAUAUGCUCUUUUAUCUAAUUUUAAAGAACUCUUUAAAACGGUGUAUUAUACGGACUAAAUAAAGAACAUGUGAAUUUUA